CGUUCUCAGAUGCUUUUCAUCUGAUCUGUACUCUCACACUCACCUGACUCGUGAAGUUACGACAGUGAGCGACCGCAACUGCUUCGCCGCGCUGCAGCGGGUGCUCUUCCUUGUAGUUUCUAUUGCUCUGUUGUUGCCUUUGUUGUCUAGGGUUUUUCCUCUUGAAUUCCAUCGUAUUUUCUUACGCGUACGGACGAUGACGUUACGGUCUGGUUUUGUGUUUUAGGGUUUCUUUCUUUACAUGCACUGUCAGAUAUUACUUUCUCGAGAUCAUUCGCGUUCUACAAAUUAAGGUUGGUGGCAUUCUCUCAGGCCUAAAUUAACAGCUCCCCAAUGGCGAAUUUAGCGAUGACGGGUAUCCUAGAGAAGAUGACAGGCAAAGAUAAAGAUUACAGAUACAUGGCAACAUCUGAUCUAUUAAACGAGUUAAACAAAGAGACUUUUAAAGCUGAUACUGAGCUGGAGACAAAACUGUCAAACAUAAUCAUACAACAGCUUGAUGAUGCAGCCGGUGAUGUUUCUGGGUUGGCUGUGAAAUGCCUUGCCCCAUUAGUGAAGAAGGUUAGUGAAACGCGGGUCGUGGAGAUGACAAAUAAACUUUGUGGCAAAUUGCUCAAUGGGAAGGAUCAGCACCGUGAUGUUGCCAGCAUAGCCUUGAAGACAGUUGUAGCUGAAGUUUCUGUGCCAUCUCUUGCUCAAUCUAUUCUCAUCACUCUUUCACCCCAAUUGAUAAAGGGGAUCACUACUGCUGGAAUGAGCACAGAGAUAAAAUGUGAGUCCCUUGAUAUUUUAUGUGACGUUCUUCACAAAUUUGGAAAUCUCAUGACGAAUGAUCACGAGCUUCUGUUAAGUGCAUUAUUAUCCCAGUUGGGUUCCAAUCAAGCCAGUGUUAGAAAGAAGACUGUGUCGUGUAUUGCCUCUCUUGCUUCUAGCUUAUCAGACGAUUUGUUGGCGAAGGCAACAACUGAGGUUGUUAGAAGCUUGAGAAUUAAAAGUACCAAAGCAGAAAUUACACGCACAAAUAUCCAAAUGAUUGGUGCUUUGAGCCGUGCAGUUGGAUAUCGUUUUGGACCUCAUCUUGGGGACACUGUUCCCGUGCUUAUCAAUUAUUGCACAAGUGCUUCUGAAAGUGAUGAAGAGCUUCGUGAGUACAGUUUACAGGCUCUUGAAAGUUUUCUUCUAAGGUGCCCCAGGGAUAUUUCGUCCUAUUGUGAUAACGUUCUUUAUCUUACCUUGGAGUAUUUAAGUUAUGACCCAAAUUUUACUGAUAAUAUGGAAGAAGAUACUGAUGAUGAGAUUCAUGAAGAAGAGGAAGAAGAUGAAAGUGCCAAUGAAUAUACAGAUGAUGAAGAUCUCAGCUGGAAAGUCCGACGAGCAGCUGCUAAAUGCUUAUCAGCAUUAAUUGUAUCACGACCAGAGAUGCUUUCAAGACUAUAUGAAGAGGCUUGUCCAAAAUUGAUCGAUAGAUUUAAAGAGAGGGAAGAAAAUGUCAAGAUGGAUGUAUUUAGUACUUUUAUUGAACUGUUGCGCCAAACUGGAAAUGUAACAAAAGGGCAGGUUGACAUGAAUGAAUUAAGUCCAAGGUGGUUGUUAAAUCAAGAAGUGCCAAAGAUUGUGAAAUCUAUAAAUAGGCAGCUACGGGAGAAAUCUAUCAAGACAAAGGUUGGUGCCUUUUCUGUCUUGAAAGAGCUUGUGGUUGUCUUGCCCGAUUGUCUUGCUGAUCACAUAGGAUCGCUCAUUCCAGGAAUUGAAAAAGCAUUAAGUGAUAAAUCAUCAACCUCAAAUUUGAAGAUAGAAGCUCUUAUUUUCACUAGAUUGGUGUUGGCUUCAAAUUCUCCUUCGGUUUUCCAUCCUUAUAUCAAGGAUCUCUCAAGUCCUGUUUUGUCUGCUGUUGGAGAGCGUUAUUACAAGGUUACUGCUGAAGCAUUGAGGGUAUGUGGGGAACUCGUUCGGGUUGUUCGUCCUGGUAUUGAGGGGCAAGGUUUUGACUUCAAACAAUACGUUCAUCCUAUAUAUAAUGCUAUAAUGUCACGCCUGACUAAUCAAGAUCAAGAUCAGGAAGUCAAGGAGUGUGCCAUCUCUUGCAUGGGGCUUGUUGUGUCUACAUUUGGUGACAACCUCAAAGCCGAGUUAGCAACCUGCCUUCCAGUUCUUGUUGAUCGGAUGGGAAAUGAGAUUACCCGGCUUACAGCUGUUAAGGCAUUUGCUGUCAUUGCUGCUUCUCCGCUUCAAAUAGACCUGUCAUGUGUUUUAGAGCAUGUCAUAUCAGAGUUGACAGCGUUUCUCCGUAAGGCCAAUCGGUCAUUGAGACAGGCAACUCUGGGGACUCUAAAUUCACUUAUAGCUGCUUAUGGCGAUAAAAUUGGCCCUUCAGCAUACGAAGUCAUUAUUGUGGAACUUUCAACUUUGAUAAGUGAUUCAGACUUGCAUAUGACAGCUCUUGCAUUGGAGUUAUGCUGUACCUUGAUGGCUGACAGGAGGUCUAGCUCAAGUAUUGGUUUGGCCGUUCGGAACAAAGUCCUUCCUCAGGCACUUCUGCUAAUCAAAAGUUCACUCCUGCAGGGGCAGGCACUUGUGGCUUUACAGAGCUUUUUUGCUGCAUUGGUCUCUUCUGCAAAUACCAGCUUUGAUGCCUUGCUGGACUCUCUUCUUUCAUGUGCCAAACCAUCACCUCAAUCGGGUGGUGUCGCAAAACAAGCUUUAUUUUCGAUAGCCCAAUGUGUUGCUGUUUUGUGUCUUGCCGCUGGUGAUCAAAAGUAUUCUUCAACAGUAAAAAUGCUAACAGAAAUUCUGAAAGAUGAUAGCAGUACGAAUUCUGCUAAGCAGCACCUUGCUUUACUCUGUCUUGGGGAGAUCGGGAGAAGGAAGGACUUGAGCGCACAUGCUCACAUAGAGAAUAUUGUUAUUGAGUCAUUUCAAUCUCCCUUUGAAGAGAUCAAGUCUGCUGCCUCCUAUGCUCUGGGUAAUAUUGCUGUUGGUAAUUUAUCCAAAUAUUUGCCUUUUAUAUUGGACCAGAUUGAUAAUCAGCAGAAGAAACAAUAUCUCUUGCUUCAUUCACUGAAGGAGGUGAUAGUUAGGCAAUCUGUGGAUAAAGCAGAGUUUCAAGACUCAAGUGUUGAGAAGAUACUUAAUCUACUCUUUAAUCAUUGCGAAAGUGAGGAAGAGGGAGUCAGGAAUGUUGUAGCUGAGUGCCUCGGUAAAAUUGCUCUUAUUGAACCUGGAAAACUUGUUCCUGCUCUCAAGGUAAGGACAACAAGUCCAGCGGCAUUCACUAGAGCAACUGUUGUAAUUGCAGUCAAGUAUUCCAUAGUUGAGCGACCUGAGAAGAUAGACGAGAUUAUAUACCCUGAGAUUGCGUCAUUCCUGAUGCUUAUAAAGGAUCAUGAUCGUCAUGUUAGACGUGCUGCUGUCUUGGCCUUGAGUACAUUUGCCCACAAUAAGCCUAACCUUGUAAAGGGGCUUCUUUCUGAGUUAUUGCCGCUUCUUUAUGAUCAAACAAUUGUGAAGCAAGAAUUGAUAAGAACAGUUGAUCUCGGUCCCUUUAAGCAUGUUGUGGAUGAUGGGCUUGAGUUGCGGAAGGCUGCUUUCGAAUGUGUGGAUACAUUGCUAGAUAGUUGUCUCGACCAAGUGAACCCAUCAUCUUUCAUUGUUCCUUAUCUUAAAUCUGGUUUGGAUGAUCACUACGAUGUUAAAAUGCCAUGCCAUCUGAUUCUAUCAAAACUUGCUGAUAAGUGCCCAUCAGCUGUAUUAGCAGUUUUGGACUCUCUGGUUGAUCCUCUUCAAAAGACUAUAAACUUCAAGCCAAAGCAAGAUGCUGUUAAACAAGAAGUAGAUCGUAAUGAGGACAUGAUUCGCAGUGCUCUACGGGCAAUAGCAUCUCUAAAUCGCAUAAGUGGAGGAGAUUGCAGCCUUAAGUUCAAAAAUCUUAUGAAUGAAAUUUCUAAAUCUCCAGCUCUCUCGGAGAAAUACUACUCGAUCCGAAAUGAGUGAAAGAAGACGGAAUGAUGAGGCGUCAUUGUGUAAUAUUGAAGUUUAAAGUAAUGAGGAAGAUUAUGUUGUCAUUUUGGUUUCUGCAGCAUAAGCCUUCUUCAGUAAGAUGACACUAUCGGUUUGAAGAUAGUGAAAGAGCUUCUAGUCACGUGGGGAUAUAAGGUCGGUUGGAGGUUGAGGAAGUAACCAUCGAGAAUAGAAAUGGAGGGAAACAUGCAUGUUAUUAUUUUGGGCAAUAUUACAAAUUCUCUUUUCUUUUCUUUUUUUUCUUUUUUCUUUUUCUGGUGUAUCCUGUCAUUGGUUCCGAGUCCUGGUUAUCUCACUUGACCAUAUGAAAUCAUAUGUCGGCAGACCUUCCAAUAAAGAAAAAAUUAACUUUACCCCCUUCAAGGGUGGGUGGCAAAAUGAAGGAACACACCACAUCUUGCUUGGUUGGAUUGGAUACACAAUUUGGUUUUGUGAUAUAGGUAGGUAAAAUGUCGAUGUCUACUGUAUUAGACAACAGACAUGAUGAUGGAUGCUGUUGAUGCUUUGUGAUUGAUCGUUUUGUUAUUGAACUCUGGUGUGAAUUGUGAUUACAGAAUUAUAAUCGGUGAAAGAAGUGAAUUUUCUGGU